AUGUCCGAAGAAUCCUCCACUCCAACUCUUGCCCUCGUCACAGGCGCAAAUAAAGGAAUCGGUCUAGAAAUGUCUCGCGAGGCAGCGACUUCCACACUCCGGAAAGAGGGUCACUCUGUCGAACACAUAACCCUGGAUGUCACCAACGAUGAUUCGAUCACGGCAGCAGCAAACCUGGUCAACGGCAAGUACGGUCAUAUUGACGUUCUCGUCAACGAUGCUGGUAUUGCAGUCGAAUGGCUGGGGGAUCGAACUGCCCGGCAGGCGUGGAAGGAUACUUUCGACACGAAUGUCGUCGAAGUUGCUGCUGUUAUUGAUGCGUUCAUUCCUUUGCUUAAGAAAUCUAGUGAUCCCGCACCAAGAAUUGUUUUCGUGUCCAGCGACCUGGGAAGAUUAGAGACGAAGUACGACCCGAAUCACCAAUACUUCAAGAGGCCUCUUCCGGUUUACAGCUCCAGCAAAGCUGCUAUGGAUAUGUUGGCGCUGCAUUAUGCAAAGGAUUUCCGAGCGGGGUGGGGAGCGGACGAGGACGGAAAAGGCGGAGGAGUGGAGUGGAAAAUCAACGUGACGUUUCCCGCGCCAACCAAAACUGAUUUCAACCGGAACAGAGGGCCUCAAUCUGUGGAGAUGGGGGCCAGAAACGCAGACCGCUUGGCUGUAUUGGGGAAAAGAUGGAGAGACUGGGGCAAUGAGUGGGAACGAAGGUCCUCUGCCUAG